CUGUGGGGGGUUUUUACUGAUAGGUGCCAUAUUCAGGACAGAGCAAUUCAUUUCUAUUCUGUUCUCCCCGUUGUACCCACAAGCAGGUGACAAGUUCGUCUUCGCUACUAGACGAUAAAGACAGCAUUCAAGGAAGUCGUAAGGCAGCACGACUCCCCAUCUUCCCAUAGUAAAGAUGGAGGCGCCCUGCAUGUAAACGACAGGUAAAACUACUUCCGCCUUUCUCCUGCGCCCUCGUCCAAGAUGGCGGACGAGGCCACCCGGCGUGUCGUGUCUGAGAUCCCGGUGCUGAAGACUAACGCCGGACCUCGAGAUCGGGAGUUGUGGGUGCAGCGACUCAAGGAGGAAUACCAGGCUCUUAUCCGGUAUGUGGAGAACAACAAGAAUGCGGACAAUGAUUGGUUCCGACUGGAGUCCAACAAGGAAGGGACUCGGUGGUUUGGAAAAUGCUGGUACAUCCACGAUCUCCUCAAAUAUGAGUUCGACAUCGAGUUUGACAUUCCUAUCACAUAUCCUACUACUGCUCCAGAAAUUGCAGUCCCUGAGCUGGAUGGAAAAACAGCAAAGAUGUACAGGGGUGGCAAAAUAUGUCUGACCGAUCAUUUUAAGCCUUUGUGGGCCAGGAACGUGCCCAAGUUUGGAUUAGCUCAUCUUAUGGCUCUGGGGCUGGGUCCAUGGCUGGCAGUGGAAAUCCCCGAUCUAAUUCAGAAAGGCGUGAUUCAGCAUAAAGAGAAAUGCAGCCAAUGAAGGAUCAAGCCGCUGAGGCUGAGACUUGGAUAGGCUACGUUCCUGUUUUCCUGUGCAUCCCUCUUCUUACUCAUCCGACCGCUUCACUCACACCCCUUCGCCUACAGCGGUUACUAAGUAGCUGCAGCGGUACAGUUUCCAGCAUUGCCGGGGUGAAAAAACAGUGUUGCUACUGAGUUUCUAAGUUAGGCUGUACAGGGAGGGGAGAGGCUGGGGCUUUGGAAAAACCGAAAGGUAAUUUAUACCCCUUCCCCAGGCGGAGCGGUGUGAGAUCCUGGAAGGACAGGGGAUGGUUGAAAGUGGGUACACAGUCUUUUUGGUUUCCGGAAAUAACUCAUCAAUAAAAGCUGCUUCUUCUGGUG